GGUACUAUCAGAGAGGCACACGACAGCUCUCGACUGCGCCUCGCCCCCUCAGCCGUACAGCGUAGCACGGACGCGGGAAUGUCCAUCUACAUAAUUCCUAAUUCCUGUUGAGCUUCUUUUCUCUCCUUUCCUUUCCUAACCAUUGCUUGCAAUAAAUAAUCCUCUCUCUCUCUCUCUCUCUCCCACCCUCGAACCAAAUCUUGACAUUCCACCUGAAUUGAACUGCCAUGGAAUCCUCCUCAUUCCCCGCCACGAACAACGAAGCUUCGCCCCCCUCCCCAGAAGACCCGCCCAGCAGCUCCAGUUCCUGGACCCAUCUCGGGUUCAGCCGGCACCACGCCAUAAUCGCAUGCGCCGUGCUCUUCAGCGUGCUCGUCCUCCUCUUCGUCUUAUGGUACUACCACCACCGGCGGCGGCGCGCGCGGCUGCAGCACCAGCGACUGCACGAUCCCCCCGCGGCCGUCCCAUUGCAUCCUCUGCACUAUACGUCGUCGUCGUCGUUGGAAGGCAAUCCCUUGAUGGCGACGGCGCCGCAGCCGGGCGAUGCACCCCCGCGAUACGAAGAGGUGGUCCCGGCGCAGCAUCACAGGUUAGCGGGCGGCAUGCCAGAUGAGGAGGAGGGCAUGGUCGCGGAUGGCAAGAUGCCGUUGAGCGAGAUCCCGUUCGAGGAUGUGCGCUUGGACGGUGAGAGGGCGGGGGGGCAGGCGAGUCGUGUGGUUGGGCAGCCGCAGCGCGGCGCGGGAGAUACGAUGGGACAUACGAAUUCGUGAAGGGAGGGGAGAUUAAGUGAGUGAGCUAUGAUUAAGAGGUGGAAGAUAAAGAGGUGGAAGAUUUACUGGCUGGGGGGGUGUGGAGAGGGGAUAUGUUGGUGGUCUUUAGAUGGAUCAGACAACUCUCUCGGGGAGAUCAAAAGUCUCAAAAGUCCACGCAGAGCCCAAACAAAACCACACGAAGGUCUAUUAAUAAGAAAGGGCACACCACUCAUCAACACCCAUUCUUGACACCACCAUCAAACGAGAAGAAAGAAGUUCGGGUCCGAGACUAGAUAGGCCCCAAGACAGGCAGGCAGGCCACUCAGCAAGAAGAAGGAGGAAGGGACACGCCUGAAAUCAAACACCCACAAGCAAAAGCUAGCUUUAGGAAGAAACAGCAGCCAUACAUAUGAUAAAUUAAUAUAAUAUAAUGUCUUACAUGAG